CUCUCUACUCUCUCUCUCUGUAAAUAGAUAUACAUACACAUAUAGAUACACGUUCAAUGUCCGUAUCUUACGAGACCCGCUGCCGGUAUAUUGGUUCUGUAUACUCGUAUACGGAUUCGCAAUGAAAGGUCAUGAUAAAGGUCUUCCGUAGCAUGGCCCCCCGGCCCCCCCGGCCAACCUUCAGACGCUCCCGUCGAAAGCUCCUCUUCAUUCUACUCCUAAUACUCGUACCGCUUUCCAUAAUCGGAAUAUUCACACACGGCCAAAAGAUAUCCUACUUCUUCCGCCCCCUUUGGGACAAACCCCCGCCCCCCUUCGAGCACCUACCCCACUACUACGCGGAGAACGUCUCCACGGACCACCUCUGCCGCCUCCACGGGUGGACCCCACGUUCCGAGCCCCGCCGCGUCUUCGACGCCGUCAUCUUCAGCAACGAGCUCGACCUCCUCGAGAUCCGGUGGAGGGAGCUCCACCGCCACGUCCACAAGUUCGUCAUCCUCGAGUCCAACACCACCUUCACCGGAAUCCCGAAGCCCCUCCACUUCGCCGCCAACCGAGAAAGAUUCGCCUUCGCCGAGGGCAAAAUCGUCCACUCCGUCUUCCCGGGCCGGGUCGCGACAUACGGGUCGGACCGCGACCCGUUCGAGCUCGAGGCGGAGCAGCGGGUGGCCAUGAACCACCUGCUCCGCCGCGCGGGCAUCUCCAACGGCGACCUCCUCAUCAUGUCGGACACCGACGAAAUCCCGAGCCCUCACACGGUCAAACUCCUCCGGUGGUGCGACGGGGUGCCACCUGUCCUCCACCUCGAACUAAAGAAUUACUUAUACUCGUUCGAAUUUCCUGUGGAUUACAGCAGCUGGCGGGCAACAGCCCACAUAUACAACGACUGGACGCAGUAUCGCCAUUCGAGACAAACGGACGUCAUUCUUUCCGACGCAGGGUGGCAUUGUAGCUUCUGCUUUCGGUAUUUGCGGGAAUUCGUGUUCAAGAUGACUGCGUACAGUCACGCAGAUAGGGUUAGGCAUAGAGAGUUUUUGAAGUACUCGAGGAUUCAGAAGCUGAUUUGUAGAGGGGACGAUUUGUUCGAUAUGUUGCCAGAGGAAUAUUCCUUCAAGGAGUUGAUCAAGAAGAUGGGCCCCAUUCCAAAGUCGGCUUCCGCAGUGCACGUUCCGGCAUACUUGAUCGAGAAUGCAGAAAAGUUCCGGUUUCUUUUGCCGGGAGGUUGUUUACGUUCGCAAUGAAUAUAUAAACACGUUCGUCGAUCUGGAGUUCGUACUUCGACAUAGAGAUCAUAAAGUUGACAUAAUUUAAGAAAAAAUUGCUUCGGGUUUUUUUCGAUUUUCGUGAAUGCAUGAGAAGUUUGUGACUGGAGAAUUCAGAGGCAGAUUUUGAUUGUGAGCAGUACUGUAGGAAAUUGAAUGAAGAUAUUUAUGAAUAUCUGGUAAUAAUUAGGUUUAUGUUGUAAGUUAAUUAAUCCUUUUGUAUUAUUAUUACUAAAUGGAUCAAAUGCUCAAUUUUUGUUAGUAAUAUUAUAAUUUGUAUUUACACACUGUAUUUCUGAUAUAGUGAAAUUCUCAGAUUGUCA